AUGUUUGUGAGGAGUACCAUAGACCUUAGACUACAACACCUUGACAGGGAGCAGUAUUCCCUAGUACUAAUUCAGUUUUGUAUUUUUUUCACGCAGCUCCUUCCCAACCUUCAUAUUCAUUCCUGGACAGAGGAACAUGUGUACUUUUGGAUGGAGCAGAUAUUUGGGGCGGAAGAGGGGGCAUAUGGCAUGCAGCUGUAUGGUGACCUGUUUAAGGAAAACCACAUCACUGGCAAGAGGCUGCUGCUGCUCACGGAAACAGACAUGCGAGACCUGGGGGUCAGGUCCAAAGGUCACAUCAUGCACCUCAAGAGUGAAAUUGAGAAGCUGACCAAUGACUACAUUGGGCUCUUCCACUUCCCUCCACUAAUGAAGGAUGAGUGGGCAGAGGAGGAGGAGGAGGAGACGAGGAAGAUCGUUAAUCUGGAGCUAGUGUUUGGGUACCACUGGAAAGCAGGAACAGGUCACUCAGACUGCAAAUGGAAAAUGUACAUGGAACUUGACGGAGAUGAAGUUGCAAUAACGUACAUCAAGGAUGUAACCUUUGAUGCCAACAGACAGGAUGUGGAUGUCCUGAAGAUGACCAAGCCCCCAUUUGUGAUGGACAAAUGGGUAGUUGGACUACGGGACAAUCAGGUUGUUGACUGCAUUGUUAAUUAUGAGAAUGAUGUGAGAUCCCCAAGGUCUACGAGAUAUAGCCAUGCAGUGAUGUGGAACCCCACCGGUGGACGAGAUGAGAUCAAGACUGUGGAGCUGCUGAUAGAAACAACCCAGUUGAACAUAGAAGGGAACCCCAGAAGCAGAUCAGAUUCAAAAGAUGUGGAUCCCAGAUGGAUGUACAACCUGAGACAGAGGCAGCUGAAGAACCAGUCAGCAGCAGAGCAGCAUGGUGCCCGGACCCCCACCGGUGGCUCAGAGACCUGCACCCUGUCUCAGUUCCUGUCUGCAUAUGGAGAUCAGGCCUCUUCCUACGCUGCAGCAGUGCGGAGGUCUCCCAACCGCAGCUCGCUCUCUCCCUGGUGCUCCCGCAGCUCAUCCCCCACCACCGGCCUGUCCGCCAUGCUCUCCCCCCUCUACCUGGGGUCAAAGGGCAGCAGCCCCUCCAGCACCACCUCAGAGAGUGCCUUGGAGCGCGAACGCCUGCUCAGUGCCGGGGAAGUGCAAGGUUACCACAGGCACAGAAGCUACAUUGACAACUCAUUGAGUGCAACAAGGGGCCACAACAGAGACACAUGGUCCCAUACAAGGGGCAACUUCACACAGAAUAAGUCAAGCAGAACCUCACAGCAAAUGGGGAGGCCUCGGACCAAUAAUUACAGUGUAGCUGGUCAGAACCGGGCCAGGGUGAUACCGGGCAUAUCGGCGGUGGUGGAAAACCCCAGUACAGAGCAAGAGGGGGCUAAAGUCAGUGAGGGGGGAUGGAUCAAAGUGGAGCGCCAGAAAAGGUUACCUCGACAGGACAAUAAACAGGCCAGAGGAAGACAGAGGAGAGGGUGUAGAGGUGGCCGUGGUGGACGAAGCAGAGAAUCAUUUGCUGUUUGAAGUGUUAACAUCUCUUAACAGACUGGACAUCAGGUUUCCUUUGAACAUUAACCUUCACACUACUUCUAUAUAUACAUUUUCUCUCUGGGGGGGAUCUUUCUAGGUGUUAUUUGAGCUAGGGAGAAUUGUGUUUAAGGGAAUGCACACAAUUCAGUCUUUUAGGGCUGAUUUCUGAAUUGUACUGUAUGCACUGAAAUAUUUUGGGGAUUUAGCAUUUAAGCCUACAUAUCAUUUGUAGUUGUAUAUUGUGAACUAUCGUACAUAAGCCUAUUGUAAAUUGUAUAGCCUACAUUGUCCUAAUCUUUUUAUAUAUGAGAUAUACUGUAUAGCUAGAUAAUUAUUUUACUACAAUAUUAAAAAGUUAAUCUACCUAUGGAUACAUAAAUGGAAUAGAUUUUUUUAAUAGUCUAUAACAAUAUGUUGGGUAAAAAAAACAUAAACAUACAUGAAAGUUCAAAGUAUUAUUUCAUUAAACAAGGACGCGACGACAACACCUGAUGGAAAGGACGCGGGAGUUUUUCUAUAAACCCGCCCCUUUAGGCAAAUGUGGACCUUGUGAUUUCGCGCCACGGCUUAGUACUUGAAAGGUUAGAUGUUGGUGGAUCCGUAUAUGACAUAAUGUUUUAAGAAAUGUGCACAAAAAUAAAAGUGUCCACCAGCGGUAUUUUCUAAA